CAUGGAGACCAGCAGAGAAUCUCAAACCAGCACUCUCUCACCAUUGACCACCUCUACUCUUUCAUCCUCUGUCAGUGGAUACUCUCCUACAGACGACAUUUCCCAGGACGCAGCCACCUCUGGGGCAGGAAGCACUUCAUCUCCUUCCAGGGUCAGCCAUAAGCCUUCCACAACAUCAGAAAUGCCCACAUCAUCGGCCUCCACAGCUCCUGGCUUUGCAGUCACCGGGAGCUCCACCACCCUAUUCACGGGUCCCUCUACUCCUCUGUCUAUUACCAGCACUUUCCCACCAUCCACAGCAUCCUCAAGCUCCUCUGUAAAGACUCAGACAUCAGGAACAAUCACAACCUCACUGAGGAUAGGCAACCAGAGAAGGACAACACCAUCACUACUGUCAACAACCUCCCAGACCCGUACAACCUUGUCUCCUAGAACGUCCACAGGCGCACACUCAACAGCUGCUCCAGUCCCUAUCAAGCCCGAGAAAGGUGUUUCCCUCUUUCCCUACGGGCCACGUGUUGGAGACCGGGAGUUCGUCAAGAGGACUGUGGACUUCACCUCGCCGCUCUUCAAGCCCCAGAUUGGCUUCCCUCUUGGCUCCUCUCUCAGGGACUACCUCUAUUUCACAGAUAAUGGCCAGAUCAUUUUCCCGGAGUCCGAGUACCAGAUUUUCUCCUACCCCAAUCCCCCCGCUAGAGGCUUCACAGGCUCGGACUCUGUGGCCCUGGUGGCUCCAUUCUGGGAUGAUGCUGAUUUUUCCAGCGGCCAGGGAACCAUAUUUUACCAGGAAUAUGAGACGCUUUAUGAUGAACACAACCAGCUACUGUGGCAGGUGGAGUCUUGGAUUAAAAAGUUCACAUACACCUGGAGCUACAAAGCUAGGUGGACCCUAAAGGUCACGUGGGUCAAUGCCCCUGCCUAUCCCGCCCGGUGGACCUUCGGGACCAACACCUACCAGGUCAUCCUCUCCACAGACGGGAGCAGGUCCUAUGCCCUGUUUCUUUACCAAAGUGGCGGUAUGCAGUGGGAUGUGACCCAGCGCCCAGGCAACCCGGUCCUCAUGGGCUUCUCCAGUGGAGAUGGGCAUUUUGAAAACAGCCCACUGACAUCCCAGCCAAUGUGGCAGAAGUAUCUACCGGACCAAUUUCUGAAUUCCAACUCAGGCCUCCGGGGCCUGCAGGUCUAUAGCCUACACGGGGAAGAAAGGCCCAACUACCGUCUCCGGUGCCUGCAGUGGUUGAAGAGACAGCCUCAGUGGCCCACAUGGGGCUGGAACCAGAUCGCCUGCCCUUGCUCCUGGCAGCAGGGACUAUGGGACUUACGAUUCCAGCCCAUCAGUAUGGGCUGGUGGGGCCUUGGUAGCAAGCAGCUGUGCAGCUUCUCCUCCUGGCGCGGGGGCGUGUGUUGCAGCUACGGGCCCUGGGGCGAGCUUCUCCAAGGCUGGAGAGUGCAUGCUCCUUGGCAGUUCGACCAGGAACUAGAGCCGCAGAGCUGGUGCUGCCGCUGGAACGACCAGCCAUCCUUCUGUGCCCUCUACCAGCAAAGGCAGCCACGCAUCGGCUGUGCCGGGUAUCGGCCCCCACGCCCCGCCUGGAUGUUUGGGGACCCCCACAUCACCACCUUGGAUGGUGCCAGUUUCACCUUCAACGGGCUGGGGGACUUCCAGCUCGUCCGGGCCUGGGACGGAAACUCCUCGUUCCUGCUGCAGGGUCGCACCGCCCAGACCGGCUCGGCCCAGGCCACAAACUUCAUUGCCUUUGCGGCUAAAUAUGACACCAGCCGCCUGAGCCCCAUCACAGUCCGAUGGCUCCUUGAGCCCAGUGACACAAUCCAUGUGCAGGUCAAUAACCAGACUGUGACAUUUGAGACUAACCGUGAAGACCCGGAAGGCCUGGAGAUAUUCAACACCACCGGCAUCAUCAUGACCCGCAAUGGCUCCCUGGUGUCAGCCACCUUCGAUGGGACCGUGACCAUCUCAGUGACCGCCCUUGCCAACAUCCUCCACACCUCCUGCAGCCUCCCAGAGGAGUAUCGAAACCGCACAGAAGGCCUCCUGGGAGUCUGGAAUGACAAUCCAGAUGACGACUUCAGGAUGCCCAAUGGCUCCACCAUUCCCAGCAAUAGCGCUGAGGAGACGCUUUUUCAAUAUGGAAUGACCUGGGAAAUCAAUGAUACAAGACUCCUUGGCAAGAGAGAUGACCAUCUGCCUUCCAACUUCACCCCUAUCUUCCUUUCCCAACUGCAAAAGAAAACCUCGGAUAAAAAGCUGGUCGCCGAGUGUAACGGAGACAAACAGUGCAUCUAUGACAGCCUGGCCACACGAAACACAGGCAUUGGCCUGAGCACUAAGAUGCUCUUCAGAAGACACCAGCAGAUGAACGCCACCCUCAAUAAGUACCCACCAUCCAUCGACGGUCAGCGUGUGUUGGAAGCCUACGUGGGGCAGACCAAGCGGAUUCAGUACACCAGCCACUCUGCGAAGGUCACAUUCACUCUGAGGAACAACGGCACUGACUUCAGGCUCUUUGACAGGUUUGGAUCAGAAGAGUCCUUGCUGAUACGUAACAAUGUUUUCACUGUAGUCUGGUGUCUGAAGUUCAAAGGUCCACAAAUAAUCAGCAACCCGUUCCAGGUGGCUGGUUGCAAGUGUGACAGGAACACCUUUGGCCACUACUGUGAACUCUCCAAGGACCUCUGUGAGGAGCCGUGCUUCAGGAGUGUGCAGUGCAUUCCUGGGAAGGGCUGCGAGGCCUGCCCCCCAAACCUGACUGGGGAUGGGCGUCACUGUUCAGCUCGGGAGACCUCUCUCCUCUGUCAGAACCAGUCCUGCCCUGUGAACUACUGCUUCAACCGGGGCCACUGCUCCAUCUCCCAGGCUCUGGGCUGCCGGCCGGCCUGCACCUGCCCCCCGGCCUUCACCGACACCCGCUGCAUCGUGGCCGGGAACAACUUCGCUCCAACCGUCCGUCAAGAGCUCCCCUUAAGAGUCAUCCAGCUCUGGCUCAGUGAAGAAGAAAAUGCCUCUGCGACAGAUGUCAAUGCCUCGGUGGCCUACAGACUGCGGAACCUGAAUGUGCGGGCCUUCCUUCGGAACAGGCUAGUGGCACCAAGCGAAUCCGGGACAGCGCUGGCCUCCGGAAGCUUACUUAGACGCUGGAAGGUCAUCUCGGAGUUCCAGUACCUCCCUUCGGGUCCUGUCAUCGACUUCCUGAACACCGAGCUGCUGGACGCAGUGCUGGAAGCGUUCUUACCCCAGUCCUCGUGGAGGCGGUGGAGCAGAAGUGAGGGGCCCAGGACCAACGUGAACUUCCACCCCAUCUCCAGGGAGGACGUGGACAGUUUGUUAGCUCUGAACGUGAGCACGCUGAGGAACUACUUCAUCUGUAGCGGCUACAAGGACUACCACCUGGUCUACAGCCCCCAGAGCGGCCUCACGUGUGUGUCCCCGUGCAGCGAGGGCUACUGUGAGCACGAAGGCCAGUGCCAGCACUGGCCGCAAGGCCCCCGCUGCACCUGUGUGCCCUUCUCCAUCUACACGCCCUGGGGUGAGCGCUGUGAGCACCUGGGCAUGAAGCUGGGUGCCUUCUUCGGAAUCCUCUUUGGAGCCCUGGGCUUCCUCCUGCUACUGGGGGCCGUGGUGUUUGUGGUUCUGCGCUUUUGGUGCUACCGUGGGAACCACUACUCCUACCCCCACCCCCUGGACUCAGAAAGCUGAGGCCCGCCCCAAAGGGGCAGCCCCGUGGCCUAGGAUACCUCAGGACCCACCCCAGCCUCACCCACACACCUGCUGGCGGCGCUGUUCCUUUGAGGAGGCUGGAAAAAAGAAGGUGCUUGAAGGAGACUCAGGAUUCUUCAAGGGAAUGAAUAAUAAUAAAGACAAGACCACACCUUGUCAGUAGAAACAGAGACAGACAGGAAAGGGCCAUAAAGACUUAAAGGAUAGGGGCGCCUGGGUGGCUCAGUUGGUUAAGC